CUUUGUGUGCGCCCUCGUCGUCAUUUUCUUCUACACAUCGCUUUGCCUGAAGCCCUGAAGUUUGAGCAGCAGAAUAGUUCAUUGUUGUUACUUUUGUUGUUGUUUUUUGUGUGCGUGUGUGAAUUUUUAUGCGAAAUAUUUUUUGGACAAAUUUCGAAGCAACGCAAAAGGAAAAUAUAAUUGCAAAAAGCACAGAGCUUGUAUUUGGCGCGUCGUGUUGUAUCUUCAUGUGUGUGUGUCUCGCGUGUGUGUUGGUGUCUGUCCAAAUUGUGUGAGCUACAACAACAAUUAAUACAACUAAAACAACAACAGGAGCAACAGCAACACAGCCUCCGUAACAGCAAUAGUUAACAACAAAUAUUGUAACACCAACCAAUCAGUUUAUUGCACAACAUCAACAUUAAGAGCAACAGCAACAGCAGCAACAACAGCAGCUAGUUGCAUUCCACAACAAAAACAACAACAACCGGAGAAUCAGCAACAGGAAGAAGCACAACAUCGAUUGACAUCGAUUUACACAUCGUGUCAAGCGGCGGGCGCUACUCGAACAUGGCGCCUCGGAUAUAGUUGUAGCUCUAAUGUAGCAGGCGACAUCCAUGUGCCUCAUGCCUUGGAAAUCUAAGGCUCUCAUCGUUGGCCGCAUAGACAAUGACAGAAGAUUCCGACUCGAUAUCUGAGGAAGAACGCAGUUUGUUCCGUCCCUUUACCCGCGAAUCAUUGGUGCAAAUUGAACAACGUAUUGCCGCUGAGCAUGAAAAGCAAAAGGAGCUGGAAAGAAAGAGAGCCGAGGGAGAGGUGCCGCAAUAUGGUCGCAAGAAAAAACAAAAAGAAAUCCGAUAUGAUGACGAGGACGAGGAUGAAGGUCCACAACCGGAUCCUACACUUGAACAGGGUGUGCCAAUACCUGUUCGAUUGCAGGGCAGCUUCCCGCCGGAAUUGGCCUCCACUCCUCUCGAGGAUAUCGAUCCUUACUACAGCAAUAUACUGACGUUCGUAGUUGUAAGCAAAGGAAAAGAUAUAUUUCGCUUUUCUGCAUCAAAAGCAAUGUGGCUGCUCGAUCCAUUCAAUCCGAUUCGUCGUGUGGCCAUUUACAUUUUAGUGCAUCCAUUAUUUUCGUUAUUUAUCAUUACAACAAUUCUCGUCAACUGCAUUUUGAUGAUAAUGCCGACAACGCCCACGGUUGAGUCCACUGAGGUGAUAUUCACCGGAAUCUACACAUUUGAAUCAGCUGUUAAAGUGAUGGCACGAGGUUUCAUUUUAUGCCCGUUUACGUAUCUUAGAGAUGCAUGGAAUUGGCUGGACUUCGUAGUAAUAGCUUUAGCUUAUGUGACCAUGGGUAUAGAUUUAGGUAAUCUCGCAGCUUUGAGAACAUUUAGGGUGCUGCGAGCGCUUAAAACCGUAGCCAUCGUGCCAGGCUUGAAAACCAUUGUCGGCGCUGUCAUCGAAUCAGUAAAAAAUCUGCGCGAUGUGAUAAUUUUGACAAUGUUCUCGCUGUCGGUGUUCGCGCUGAUGGGCCUACAAAUCUACAUGGGUGUGCUGACGCAGAAGUGCGUCAAGAAGUUUCCAUUGGAUGGCUCAUGGGGCAAUUUGACCGAUGAAAAUUGGGCCUAUCACAACCAUAACAGUUCGAAUUGGUAUACAGAAGAUGGUAUAUCAUAUCCGUUAUGCGGUAAUAUCUCCGGCGCUGGCCAAUGCGAUGACGAUUAUGUGUGUCUACAGGGUUUCGGACCGAACCCGAACUAUGGCUACACCAGUUUCGAUUCGUUUGGUUGGGCUUUUCUAUCCGCAUUCCGUUUGAUGACCCAAGAUUUCUGGGAGGAUCUCUACCAGCUGGUGUUACGAGCCGCUGGGCCCUGGCACAUGCUGUUCUUUAUAGUCAUCAUCUUCCUAGGUUCAUUCUAUCUUGUGAAUUUGAUUUUGGCCAUUGUUGCCAUGUCAUAUGACGAAUUGCAAAAGAAGGCCGAAGAAGAGGAGGCUGCCGAAGAGGAGGCGAUACGUGAAGCAGAAGAAGCGGCCGCCGCGAAAGCUGCCAAGCUGGAGGAACGCGCCAAUGCGCAGGCGCAGGCCGCCGCUGACGCAGCAGCUGCUGAAGAGGCUGCACUGCAUCCCGAAAUGGCCAAGAGUCCAACAUACUCGUGCAUUAGCUACGAGCUGUUCGUGGGCGGUGAGAAGGGCAACGAUGACAACAACAAGGAGAAGAUGUCCAUACGUAGCGUCGAAGUGGAGUCGGAGUCGGUGAGCGUUAUACAAAGACAACCAGCACCUACCACAGCACACCAAGCUACCAAAGUUCGUAAACCGAGCACGACAUCCUUAUCCUUACCUGGUUCACCGUUUAACAUACGCAGGGGAUCACGUAGUUCUCACAAGUACACGAUGCGCAAUGGACGUGGCCGGUUUGGUAUACCCGGUAGCGAUCGUAAGCCGUUGGUAUUGUCAACAUAUCAGGAUGCACAACAACAUCUGCCAUAUGCCGAUGACUCGAACGCCGUCACACCGAUGUCCGAGGAGAAUGGUGCCAUUAUAGUGCCCGUUUAUUAUGGCAAUUUAGGCUCUAGACACUCAUCGUAUACCUCGCAUCAGUCCAGAAUAUCGUAUACCUCACAUGGCGAUCUGCUGGGCGGCAUGGCCGUCAUGGGCGUCAGCACAAUGACCAAAGAGAGCAAGUUGCGUAAUCGUAAUACACGCAAUCAAUCAGUGGGCGCCACGAAUGGCGGCACCACCUGCCUGGACACCAAUCACAAGGUAGAGCAUCGGGACUAUGAAAUCGGCCUGGAGUGCACGGACGAAGCUGGCAAGAUCAAACAUCACGACAAUCCUUUUAUCGAGCCCGUCCAGACACAAACGGUGGUCGACAUGAAAGAUGUUAUGGUCCUGAAUGAUAUUAUAGAACAAGCCGCUGGUCGGCAUAGUCGAGCUAGUGAUCGCGGUGUCUCCGUUUACUAUUUUCCAACAGAAGACGAUGACGAGGAUGGACCAACGUUUAAAGACAAGGCGCUCGAAGUGAUACUCAAAGGCAUCGAUGUAUUUUGUGUGUGGGACUGUUGCUGGGUUUGGUUGAAAUUUCAGGAAUGGGUAUCACUAAUCGUAUUCGAUCCAUUUGUUGAAUUAUUUAUAACACUGUGCAUUGUUGUGAACACCAUGUUCAUGGCCAUGGAUCAUCACGAUAUGAACAAGGAAAUGGAGCGUGUGCUAAAGAGUGGCAAUUAUUUUUUUACGGCCACCUUUGCGAUUGAGGCUACAAUGAAACUUAUGGCCAUGAGUCCCAAAUACUAUUUUCAAGAGGGCUGGAACAUAUUCGAUUUCAUAAUUGUGGCUCUGUCAUUGCUGGAGCUGGGUCUGGAGGGUGUACAGGGCUUGUCUGUUUUGCGUUCGUUUCGUUUGCUGCGUGUAUUCAAAUUGGCAAAGUCUUGGCCAACACUUAAUUUACUCAUUUCGAUUAUGGGCCGCACCAUGGGCGCUUUGGGUAAUCUGACAUUUGUACUUUGCAUUAUCAUCUUCAUCUUCGCCGUGAUGGGAAUGCAACUGUUCGGAAAGAAUUAUCAUGAUCACAAAGAUCGUUUUCCGGAUGGCGAUCUGCCCCGCUGGAAUUUCACAGAUUUCAUGCACAGCUUUAUGAUCGUAUUCCGUGUGCUAUGCGGCGAGUGGAUCGAGUCCAUGUGGGACUGCAUGUACGUGGGCGAUGUCUCAUGCAUACCGUUCUUCUUAGCCACCGUCGUCAUCGGCAAUCUUGUGGUACUUAACCUUUUCUUAGCCUUGCUUUUGUCCAAUUUUGGCUCAUCUAGUUUAUCAGCACCGACUGCCGACAAUGAUACCAACAAAAUUGCCGAGGCCUUUAAUCGCAUUGGCCGAUUUAAAAAUUGGGUUAAGCGUAAUAUUGCUGAUUGUUUCAAGUUAAUACGUAACAAAUUGACAAAUCAAAUAAGUGAUCAACCAUCAGGUGAGAGGACCAACCAGAUCAGUUGGAUUUGGAGCGAAGAGCAUGGUGACAACGAACUGGAAUUGGGACACGACGAGAUCCUCGCUGACGGCCUAAUCAAAAAAGGGAUCAAGGAGCAAACACAACUGGAGGUAGCCAUUGGCGAUGGCAUGGAGUUUACAAUACACGGCGACAUGAAGAACAGCAAGCCGAAAAAAUCCAAAUAUCUAAAUAACGCAACGAUGAUUGGCAACUCAAUUAACCACCAAGACAAUAGACUGGAACACGAGCUAAACCAUAGAGGUUUGUCCUUACAGGACGACGACACUGCCAGCAUAAACUCAUAUGGUAGCCAUAAGAAUCGACCAUUCAAGGAUGAAAGCCACAAAGGAAGCGCCGAGACAAUGGAAGGCGAGGAAAAGCGUGACGUCAGUAAAGAGGAUUUAGGUCUCGACGAGGAACUAGACGAGGAGGGCGAAUGCGAGGAAGGCCCACUCGACGGUGAUAUCAUAAUACAUGCACACGACGAGGAUAUACUUGACGAGUAUCCAGCUGAUUGCUGCCCCGAUUCGUACUAUAAGAAAUUUCCAAUAUUAGCUGGCGAUGAUGAUUCGCCGUUCUGGCAAGGAUGGGGCAAUUUACGACUGAAAACUUUUCAAUUAAUUGAAAAUAAAUAUUUUGAAACAGCUGUUAUCACUAUGAUUUUAAUGAGUAGCUUAGCUUUGGCUUUAGAAGAUGUACACCUGCCACAAAGACCCAUACUGCAGGAUAUUUUAUACUAUAUGGACAGAAUAUUUACGGUAAUAUUCUUCUUGGAAAUGUUAAUCAAGUGGUUGGCGCUCGGCUUCAAAGUGUACUUCACGAAUGCAUGGUGCUGGCUCGAUUUCGUCAUUGUCAUGGUAUCGCUUAUCAACUUCGUUGCUUCACUUGUUGGAGCUGGUGGUAUUCAAGCCUUCAAGACUAUGCGAACGUUAAGAGCACUGAGACCACUACGUGCCAUGUCCCGUAUGCAGGGCAUGAGGGUCGUCGUUAAUGCGCUGGUACAAGCUAUACCGUCCAUCUUCAAUGUGCUAUUGGUGUGUCUAAUAUUUUGGCUAAUUUUUGCCAUAAUGGGUGUACAGCUUUUUGCUGGAAAAUAUUUUAAGUGUGAAGACUUAAAUGGUACGCAGCUCAGCCACGAGAUCAUACCAAAUCGCAAUGCAUGCGAGAGCGAAAACUACACGUGGGUGAAUUCAGCAAUGAAUUUCGAUCAUGUAGGUAACGCGUAUCUGUGCCUUUUCCAAGUGGCCACCUUCAAAGGCUGGAUACAAAUAAUGAACGAUGCUAUCGAUUCACGAGAGGUGGAUAAGCAGCCGAUUCGUGAAACGAACAUCUACAUGUAUUUAUAUUUCGUAUUCUUCAUUAUAUUUGGAUCAUUUUUCACACUCAAUCUGUUCAUUGGUGUUAUCAUUGAUAAUUUUAAUGAGCAAAAGAAAAAAGCAGGUGGAUCAUUAGAAAUGUUCAUGACAGAAGAUCAGAAAAAGUACUAUAAUGCUAUGAAAAAGAUGGGCUCUAAAAAACCAUUAAAAGCCAUUCCUAGACCAAGGUGGCGACCACAAGCAAUAGUCUUUGAAAUAGUUACCGAUAAGAAAUUCGAUAUAAUCAUUAUGUUAUUCAUUGGUCUGAACAUGUUCACCAUGACACUCGAUCGUUACGAUGCGUCGGACACGUACAAUGCUGUCCUUGACUAUCUCAAUGCGAUAUUCGUAGUUAUUUUCAGUUCCGAAUGUCUAUUAAAAAUAUUCGCUUUACGAUAUCACUAUUUUAUUGAGCCAUGGAAUUUAUUUGAUGUAGUAGUUGUCAUUUUAUCCAUCUUAGGUCUCGUACUUAGCGACAUUAUCGAGAAAUACUUCGUAUCGCCGACGCUGCUACGUGUGGUGCGCGUCGCCAAAGUGGGUCGCGUACUCCGUCUGGUGAAGGGCGCGAAGGGUAUACGAACGCUACUGUUCGCCCUGGCCAUGUCGCUGCCGGCAUUGUUCAACAUUUGCCUGCUGCUCUUUCUGGUCAUGUUCAUCUUUGCGAUCUUCGGCAUGUCGUUCUUCAUGCAUGUGAAAGAGAAGAGCGGCAUCAACGAUGUCUACAACUUCAAAACGUUUGGUCAGAGCAUGAUAUUGCUGUUUCAGAUGUCUACCUCAGCCGGUUGGGAUGGUGUACUCGACGCCAUUAUCAAUGAGGAAGCAUGCGAUCCACCCGACAACGACAAAGGCUAUCCGGGCAAUUGUGGUUCAGCGACCGUUGGAAUAACGUUUCUCCUCUCAUACCUAGUUAUAAGCUUUUUGAUAGUUAUUAAUAUGUACAUUGCUGUCAUUCUCGAGAACUAUAGUCAGGCCACCGAAGAUGUACAGGAGGGUCUAACCGAUGACGACUACGACAUGUACUAUGAGAUCUGGCAGCAGUUUGAUCCCGAGGGCACCCAGUACAUACGAUACGAUCAGCUCUCCGAGUUCCUCGACGUCCUCGAGCCGCCGCUGCAAAUACACAAGCCCAACAAGUACAAAAUCAUAUCGAUGGACAUACCGAUCUGUCGCGGCGAUCUCAUGUACUGUGUGGACAUACUCGACGCACUGACCAAAGACUUUUUCGCGCGCAAAGGCAAUCCCAUUGAGGAAACGGGCGAGAUCGGUGAGAUUGCGGCACGGCCCGACACUGAGGGCUACGAGCCGGUCUCCUCGACCCUCUGGCGGCAACGUGAGGAGUACUGUGCUCGUCUCAUCCAGCACGCGUGGCGCAAGCACAAGACGCGCGGCGAGGGCGGUGCAACCGAUGGGGAUGAGAACGAUGGUGGUGGUGAUGAUGACGAUAAUGCCGGUGGUGCCGGUAUUGGUGGUGAUAAGGCUGGUGAUGAGGCUGGCAGCGGUGGUGCCAACGAUGAUGCUGGUGGUGGUGGUGGUGCUGGUGGCAGCGAACAUGCUGAUGGAUCGGCCAUCGGUGAUGCCAUCGACCCUGAAGGCGCUGCCGCCGCCGUUAUCGAGAGCAAUGUAAAUAGUUCAAUAGUCGAUGGCGCUGAUAGCGCGGCGGCGGGCAGUCCCGGUGGCCAGAGCAGCGGUAGCGCGGGCCGCCAAACGGCCGUUUUAGUGGAGAGCGAUGGAUUUGUGACAAAAAACGGCCAUAAGGUUGUAAUACACUCGCGCUCGCCGAGCAUAACAUCGCGCACGGCAGAUGUCUGAGCCAGGCCUCGCCCCCCCCUCCAAGACGCACGCGAGUAUUAGCAACAACAAC